CGGGCUGGCGGGCGGAGCAGGAGGCACCGCACCUCGGCCAGAGGCGGCUGCAGCAGCUGCUGCCCUCGUCCCCGCCGCCGCCUCUCCAGUCCCUUCUGUGAUUACCCCUCCAGCUGUUGGGAACGGGCGAAAAAGAGGAGGAGGCGAGAAACUCCCACCGACCCACAGAGGGAGCAUGACUUCGGCAACUUCACCGAUCAUUUUAAAAUGGGACCCCAAAAGUUUGGAAAUCCGGACACUAACAGUGGAGAGGCUUUUGGAGCCACUUGUUACACAGGUGACCACCCUUGUCAACACAAGCAACAAAGGCCCAUCUGGUAAAAAGAAAGGGAGGUCAAAGAAAGCCCACGUGCUGGCUGCAUCUGUAGAGCAAGCCACUCAGAAUUUCCUGGAUAAGGGUGAACAGAUUGCUAAGGAGAGUCAAGAUCUCAAAGAAGAAUUGGUCGCUGCUGUAGAGGACGUACGCAAACAAGGUGAGACAAUGCGCAUCGCCUCUUCGGAGUUUGCUGAUGACCCGUGCUCAUCAGUGAAGCGUGGCACCAUGGUGAGGGCGGCGAGGGCUUUGCUCUCAGCUGUGACGCGCUUACUCAUCCUGGCGGACAUGGCGGAUGUCAUGAGACUUUUAUCUCAUCUGAAAAUUGUGGAAGAGGCCUUGGAAGCUGUCAAAAAUGCUACAAAUGAACAAGACCUUGCAAAUCGCUUUAAAGAAUUUGGCAAAGAAAUGGUGAAACUCAACUAUGUAGCAGCAAGAAGACAACAGGAGCUGAAGGACCCUCACUGUCGGGAUGAGAUGGCAGCUGCCCGAGGGGCUCUAAAGAAGAAUGCCACAAUGCUGUACACAGCCUCCCAAGCAUUUCUCCGCCACCCAGAUGUUGCUGCCACCAGAGCCAACCGAGACUAUGUGUUUAAACAAGUCCAGGAAGCCAUUGCUGGCAUCUCCAAUGCUGCUCAAGCUACCUCGCCCACCGAUGAAGCCAAAGGCCACACAGGCAUCGGUGAGCUGGCUGCAGCUCUGAAUGAGUUUGAUAAUAAGAUAAUCCUGGACCCCAUGACGUUCAGCGAGGCCAGGUUCCGGCCGUCCCUAGAGGAGAGGCUGGAGAGCAUCAUCAGUGGCGCGGCGCUCAUGGCAGACUCGUCCUGCACACGUGAUGACCGGCGCGAGAGGAUCGUGGCCGAGUGCAACGCCGUCCGGCAGGCGCUCCAGGACCUGCUCAGCGAGUACAUGAACAACACCGGAAGAAAAGAAAAAGGAGAUCCUCUAAACAUUGCAAUUGACAAGAUGACCAAGAAAACAAGAGACCUAAGGAGACAGCUUCGGAAAGCAGUGAUGGAUCACAUAUCUGAUUCUUUCUUGGAAACCAACGUCCCUUUGCUAGUUCUCAUUGAGGCUGCAAAGAGUGGGAACGAAAAGGAAGUGAAGGAAUAUGCCCAAGUUUUCCGUGAGCAUGCCAACAAGCUAGUGGAGGUUGCCAACUUGGCCUGUUCCAUUUCCAACAAUGAGGAAGGGGUGAAAUUAGUCCGGAUGGCAGCCACCCAGAUUGACAGCCUGUGUCCCCAGGUCAUCAAUGCUGCCCUCACACUGGCUGCCCGACCACAGAGCAAAGUUGCUCAGGACAACAUGGACGUCUUCAAAGACCAGUGGGAGAAGCAGGUCCGAGUGUUGACAGAGGCUGUGGAUGACAUCACCUCAGUGGAUGACUUCCUUUCUGUCUCAGAGAAUCACAUCUUGGAGGAUGUGAACAAGUGUGUGAUAGCCCUCCAAGAAGGGGACGUGGACACUCUGGACCGGACUGCAGGGGCCAUUAGGGGCCGGGCAGCUCGAGUUAUACACAUCAUCAAUGCUGAGAUGGAGAACUAUGAAGCUGGUGUUUAUACUGAGAAGGUUCUGGAAGCUACAAAAUUGCUCUCUGAGACAGUGAUGCCACGCUUUGCUGAGCAAGUAGAGGUUGCCAUUGAAGCCCUGAGUGCCAACGUUCCUCAGCCAUUUGAAGAGAAUGAGUUCAUUGAUGCCUCUCGCCUGGUAUAUGAUGGUGUUCGAGACAUCAGGAAGGCUGUGCUGAUGAUCAGGACCCCAGAAGAACUAGAAGACGAUUCUGACUUUGAGCAGGAGGAUUAUGAUGUGCGCAGCCGGACGAGUGUUCAGACUGAGGAUGACCAGCUCAUUGCAGGACAGAGUGCACGGGCCAUCAUGGCACAACUACCGCAGGAGGAGAAGGCAAAAAUAGCUGAGCAGGUGGAGAUAUUCCACCAAGAGAAAAGCAAGCUGGAUGCCGAAGUGGCCAAAUGGGAUGACAGCGGCAAUGAUAUAAUUGUGCUGGCCAAGCAGAUGUGUAUGAUCAUGAUGGAAAUGACAGACUUCACAAGAGGCAAAGGCCCAUUGAAAAAUACAUCUGAUGUUAUUAAUGCUGCCAAGAAAAUUGCCGAAGCAGGUUCUCGAAUGGACAAGUUAGCCCGCGCUGUGGCUGAUCAGUGUCCUGAUUCAGCAUGUAAGCAGGAUUUAUUAGCCUACCUUCAACGAAUUGCUUUGUAUUGCCAUCAGCUUAAUAUCUGCAGCAAGGUGAAGGCAGAAGUUCAGAAUCUAGGAGGAGAGCUCAUUGUGUCAGGGACAGGAGUUCAGAGCACUUUCACUACCUUUUAUGAGGUAGAUUGUGAUGUCAUAGAUGGGGGCAGGGCUAGUCAACUUUCUACCCACCUCCCAACCUGUGCUGAGGGAGCUCCGAUCGGGAGUGGAAGCAGUGAUUCCUCCAUGGUUUAUUUACAGGAUUCCUGCAUCAGGCUGGGAGAGCAAAGGGGUUCUGAAGAAGAGACAGGCUAUCAUAUUUUUGCUGCAGAAUUAGACACCAUCUUUCUGAAAAUGGAAUCUGUGCUGGACAGUGCCACAUCACUCAUCCAGGCAGCUAAAAACCUGAUGAAUGCUGUUGUCCUCACAGUGAAAGCAUCCUAUGUGGCCUCAACCAAAUACCAGAAGGUCUAUGGGACAGCAGCUGUCAACUCACCAGUUGUGUCUUGGAAGAUGAAGGCUCCAGAGAAGAAGCCCCUUGUGAAGAGAGAAAAACCUGAAGAAUUCCAGACACGAGUUAGACGAGGUUCCCAGAAGAAACACAUUUCGCCUGUACAGGCUUUAAGUGAAUUCAAAGCAAUGGAUUCAUUCUAGGACGAUAGGCUUUAAUAAAGAAAGCAUUUUUUCCCCUUUC